AUGACUUUGGUGCAAAAAUAUGGAAGACCAGAUAUUUUCCUCACAAUGACAUGUAAUCCAAAUUGGGAAGAAAUAAGUGAUGAGCUACUACCUGGCCAAGCACCACAAGAUCGACCAGAUUUGCUUACAAGGGUUUUUCGUGCAAAAUUCGAACAGUUGAAGAAUGAUGUUAUAAAAAAAAGUGUUUUAGGCAGAGUUCUUGCGUAUGUAUAUGUCAUUGAGUUUCAAAAGCGCGGUCUCCCCCAUGUUCACAUGCUUCUCAUGUUAGAAGAAAAUGAUAAGCUUAAUAGUCCAGAUGAUUAUGAUCAAAUGGUACGUGCUGAAAUACCAAUUCCAAAUGAAGAGCCUGAAUUGUAUGGUGCCGUGUUAAGGCAUAUGAUACAUGGUCCAUGUGGAAUACACAAUUCACGAUCACCCUGUAUGAAACGUGGUAGUUGUAAACGAAAUUAUCCUAAGCCAUUUGCACCAACUACAGUUCAAGGAAAUGAUUCUUAUCCAGUCUAUCGUAGAAGAGACAAUCAUAAUCCAGUCCCAUUAGAUCAAAAUGCACGUAUAAUGGUGGAUAAUCGGUGGGUCAUUCCGUAUAACUCAUGGUUACUCCUCAGAUAUGAUUGUCAUAUUAAUGUUGAGAUUUGUUGCAGCAUUAAGAGUGUUAAGUAUCUGUACAAAUAUGUUUAUAAAGGUCCUGACCGAGUAGCUUUUGAAGUCCAUCCUGAACCUAUUCAAGAUGAAAUAAAGCAGUUUGUUGAUGCAAGAUGGGUUUGUGCACCUGAAGCUUUAUGGAGAAUAUUCAAAUUUGUAACUAAUCGACUUUAUCCAUCGGUGGAACGAUUACAAAUUCAUCUCCCUGAAGGACAAACUGUUCAUUUUUACCCUCACCAAAGAGUAUCAGAUAUUUUGGCAGAUGACACAAACUCGAUGACUAUGUUGACAGAGUUUUUUACCAAGAAUACCACUUGCCCGGAAGCACGACGAUACUUAUACCGGGAGUUCCCUGAACGGUUCAGAUGGAGUCAAAGAGAUAAAGUCUGGAGUGAGAGGAUGAAUAACCAUAAAGUUAUUGGCCGAAUAUAUGCAGUUUCGCCAAAUGAGGGUGAAAAAUUCUACUUACGCAUCCUUCUUAAUCAUGUUAGAGGACCAACAUCAUUUGACGAUUUAAGAACAGUCAAUGACAUUGUACAACCAACAUUUAAAAAGGCAGUGGAACAACGAGGUUUGCUAGAAGAUGAUGAUAGCAUCACACAAUGUCUUCGUGAGGCCUCUAACAUUCGAAUGCCACCAGUUUUACGAAGGUUGUUUGUUACCAUCUUGGUUUACUGUGAACCGCAUGGAGUAAGAAGAUUGUGGGAUGAAUUUCAUUCAUUUAUGGUAGAAGAUUAUUCUGUCUCAAGUACCAUAAAUAAUACUUCUAUCUUAAACAAGCUUUUUCAAGACUUGAAUGGGCUAUUAGUGCAACAUAGUAAGUCUGUAUCUGAUUACGAUCUACCACAAAUAACACAAGAUUGUGUUAGACACAACACACUUCCAAGGAUAAUACAAGAUGAAGUUUCACUUGACAUCUCUGAAGCAAACCUCAAUGCGGUACAAAAUCUAAAUGAAGACCAAAUGGUAGCGUAUAAUUCGAUUGUGUCUGCUAUUGAACGCCGAGACAAUGCCAUAUUUUUUGUGGAUGGUCCUGGAGGGACGGGAAAGACAUACUUAUAUUGUGCUUUGCUAGCAACGUUAAGGAGCAAAGGUCAUAUUAUUCUGGCAACAGCAACAUCUGGAAUUGCAGCAACCAUAUUGCCAGGCGGAAGGACAGCACACUCUAGAUUUAAAAUUCCCCUAAGUCCAGAUGCAUCUUCCACGUGUUCUAUUAGUAUCCAGUCAGAUUUGGCAGAAUUGAUAAGAAAAACAUCAGCUGUUGUUUGGGAUGAAGCACCAAUGGCACACAGGUUUGCAUUUGAGACACUCGAUCGAACGUUCAAAGAUAUAAUAGGUGUUGACCUGCCAUUUGGAGGAAAGGUCAUGAUUCUUGGAGGAGAUUUUCGACAAGUUCUUCCAGUUGUUCCAAAAGGUACAAGGUCUGAAUUGAUGCAAGCAAGUAUGAUUAAUGCUUCAUUUUGGGGACAUGUGAAAAUCAUUCGUCUUAGGCACAACAUGAGAUCCAUCAAUGAUCAAGAUUUUUCAGAGUUCUUACUUCAUGUCGGCAAUGGGGAACAAGAAACUAUGAUAGACGACAUGAUGCAAUUACCAUCAUCUAUGGUCAUUCCAUGGAAUGGUGAAGAAUCCAUUGUCCAAUUUGUUAAUGAAGUUUUCCCUGAUUUGGAAUGGACUGAACAUAUCUUAUACUCUUUCGAUUCAGUUGAGGACGAUGUGAGAAAUUUGUAUCAACAAGAGUUCUUGAAUUCAAUCUCACCUGGUGGAAUGCCCCCUCAUCAGUUAACUUUGAAAAAAAGGUGCCCCAAUAAUGCUUUUGAGAAAUAUCGAUCCGAAGAUGGGGUUGUGCAAUGGUCAACACCUAUUAUAUCUUUGAACGUUCGAUCGAGUGUCUCAAAUGCAAACCUGUGUGCCAUUGGUGCUUCAUCCCAAACAACAGCUGAUGUUUUUCUUAUCAAUUCUGCCAAAUCUGACUGGAUACUAAUAGAACACGUGGAAGAUGCAUCUGGACUGAGGGGAAUUUUAAAUCUAGAGUGUGCUGUCCUUCCGCCUGGCAAUAUGGUUGCUGCAAUUCCAGAUGUUGCUGUUGCCAGAAUAAUAUGA